UUAUUAAAGAUAUUUCAUCUAUUAUUAUUGGUACUCAUAUAACACUUUCUCAAUUAAAAUUAAUUAAACAUUGUAAAUUAAUAGAACAUAGUGCAAGUGAGAUCUGGGCAAGUGAAAAAUGUUUGGCUGAAAUUAUUUCUAAAAUUUUUAGUCUUGCAAUAGUCCGUACACCUAAUAAAUAUAGCAAAUUAUCAAUAAUUUUAGGAGUUUUAAAUAUUAAUUCUAAAUAUAGAGAGUUAGAAAAAAUUCUUGCUGAAAAGGAUUUUAUGA